AUGUUUUUUUUAGAAUUUGAGUCACCUCUAAUUAUAAAGAUGAAUAAUCUUUUUUAAGUGAUCAAUUUAUAGGAUUAUUAGGAGUGGAUGACAUUUUAUGAAAUUCUUAUUAACCUUCAGUAGAACCAUAAUACAUCUCAAGAAGAGUGAAUUUAAUUGAGGAAUUAUGGUUUGGUUAAUUGUUAUACAUACUUCUACUUUUAUUUAUAUUUUUCAUAGUCGUUGGAGUGUUCUUUAUAGAAUAUCCAUUCUAAUACUUAUUAAAUACAAUUUUGGGCGUUGUAACUGUGAUGUUAUGUUCACAUUAAAUCAUUUUUGACAAAUAGAAAAGGAUUAACUCAUGCAUUGAUAUAAAUAUUAGAGUAUAAAGUGAAUUACUAUAAAAAUGAAAAAAAAAUAUAAAAAAUUAAAAAAACUAAUAUUAAAUGUAUAAUAGGAAAAAAGGCUUCAUUCUCUAAAGAAGAUUGUUAUAGUUAUAUGAAUUAAUCUGGAUUUGCAAUAUAGAGUUUACUUUUAAGUUUAUUUUUUGGAAUGUAUGUGCUAAUGUAUUUCUUUAACAUUAGAGUUUGGGGAGGUGAUUUAAAAUAAAAAGAAUUUGAAAAUAUAUCAAUAUUAAUGAUAAGAUAUCUUGUAGGAUUACUUUUAGGUGGAUUUAUAUAUAGAGAAGGAUUAUCAUUAAUGAGUAGAUCAUUUAAGACUGCAACUAUUGGAUUAAUAAAAUCUGAUGUAAAUUUAAGUAUUGGAAAUUGCAAUAUCUCUUCAUUAACAAGAUUGGUUUAUCUGGUUCUAUAGUAAACAGGAUAUAUUCUUAUAAAUUAUUUAGAUACUGGAUUAAUAUUAAUAUUUUUAAAUUGUUCAGUUUUAAAAUUAUUUAUAAAAGUCCAGAAAUGUUGGAAAGUGAAAAUAGAGAUAUUUUUAUAUUGA